AUGGAGAGUUCAGGGAGGACAACAAUUAGAAAAAAUGUAAUAUUGUCGAUGGCAGCAACAGCGGUGACUAUUAUGAUGAUAGUGGAAAGUGCCGCUGCUGAGCAUCUACAUAAGGUGGGCUCAAGAGGAUGGAUCCCGAAUUAUAAUUACACUGAUUGGUUGAGUCAGAGUCAAGACCAUUUCUAUGUUGGUGAUUGGCUUCGUAAGUAA